AUGGCUACGGGACUAAAGUUUCCUGAUCCGUUUAACUUUUCGGCUCCUAAUUUAGCAUUGGAGUGGAGUCAGUGGAGUUGCCAAUUUAAGUGGUUUAUCCUUGCAACACGUAAAGACGAAAAAGAUGAAGAAAUCAUAGUCGGUGUGCUUUUAUCGUUGCUGGGCAGAGAAGGAAUCAAGAUCUAUGACACCCUACCCUUGUCAGCUGCUGAUGCGAAGAAGAUCACGCCGGUGUUGGAUGCUCUGACAGCUUAUUUUCAACCACUUAAGAGUGAAGUGUUUGAUCGGUUCUUGUUUCAUCGCCGUCAUCAACAGCCGGGUGAGCCUUUUGACGCGUGGUUAGUAGAGCUUUUAAGUCUAGUCAAACCAUGCAAUUACGGAACUGCGGCGGUGAUUGAAUCGAUAGUAAGGGAUCAGAUAGUGCUUGGCGUAGCCAAUGAACAAGUUCGUGAAAAACUAUUGUUUGAGUCUGGUCUGACUUUGGCUAAGGCGUGCAACAUUGUGCGAGCGUGUGAAUCAGCGUCAUCACAGCUUACACAGAUGACCGCUCGUUCGGAUCCGACCGUUCAUCGCCUCAUGGACGGCUCGUCAAAAGGAAGGCCGUCAACAUCUCAGCCCAAUAAAAGUCGUCAAAAUGGUGGAAACGCACAAGCACAGAAUUUUGUUAAUUGCCAAGGCUGCGGUCGACGUCAUAGAAAAGGCCAAUGUUCGGCAACAAAUGUGGAGUGCUAUUCGUGUGGCCAGAUGGGACAUUUCGCAAAUACAUGUCCAAAUCCGAAGGCUCGUAAUGGUCCAGCUAAACAUCGACAGAGGGGGCCACAAGCUACACUUCAACAUGAUGGCCGUCAGCAGUCCCUCCGGACACCACAACGAGGAACCUUCAUGCAACAGCAGUUGCAUGCUGUUGAGGAGGAGGAGUGGGACAACCAGUGUCCAGAAACAGGCGGGUUUUUGGCGGAUCUUGUGAAUCACCAGCUCACGUGCUCAGAAGAAAAAGAAGAAGAAUGGUACGAAGACUUAUCGGUUGACGGACGAGCGGUAAUUCACUUUAAACUUGAUUCUGGAGCCACGUGUAACGUUCUGCCAUAUGAGUUGUAUACCCGUGUGUGUCCCAAUGGUGGUAACCUGGAACCAGGCCCUCGUGUACGAAACUAUAGUGCUAAAGGUGGUUAUCUAGAUGUACUUGGAGUUUAUAAAGGCCGUGUCGUGCGCAAAGGCGUAACUUAUGCACUCAGAUUUGUAGUUGUGAACGAGCCGGGUCAACCGGCAAUUUUGGGCCUUCCGGCGUGCAAACUAAUGAGACUGAUUAAGAGAGUUCACACAGUUAAAGUGACACAGCAACCAAAUCAUCCAUCUUUAGUAAACGAGUUUUCGGAAGUGUUUAAUGGAAUUGGCAAACUGCCGAUGGAACACGAAAUUCGACUCGCAACGGGUGCAGCUCAUGUGGAUCCGGUCGUCUCGGCAGCAGGUCGUCUUCCAUUUAGUUUGGAGAAACGUGUGUUUGACAAACUGGAUCAGAUGGUGGCGCUGGAAAUCAUAGCUCCUGUAGUGGAGCCGACAGAGUGGGUCAGCAGAAUGUUGGUGGUCGGCAAGGCGGAUGGAGAUGUUCGCAUUUGUCUUGAUCCAUCCAACUUGAACAAAGCCAUUCAACGCCAGCAUUUCAUGGUGCCAACUGCUGAACAACUAUUUGGAAAAAUAGGUAAAGCAAAGUAUUUUUGUAGCUUGGACGCCGCGUCGGGCUUUUAUCAAAUUCCACUCUCUGAACGUUCGUCGUAUUUGUGCACUAUGGCAACUCCAAAAGGACGAUACCGAUUUCUUCGACUACCGUUUGGACUCAUAUCUGCCCCCGAGGUGUACCUGCAGGCUAUGUCAGAGUUGUUUGGUGAUCUACCAGGAGUGCUCAUAUACUUUGAUGACUUCUUAGUUAUGGGUGAAACAAAAGAAGAACUAGAGUGCAACUUGCGGCGAGUGCUAGUACGUUGUCGUGAAGUAAACUUAAAGCUACAAUUAAAAAAGUGUCGUUUCUUCUUGCAGGAGCUACCGUGGUUAGGACAUGUUAUUGCUCAAGGAGCCCUGAAAGUUGAUCCCGAGAAAGUAGAAGCCAUUGUGAACAUGCCGGCCCCGACGGAUAAACAAAGCUUAACUCGGUUAUUGGGAAUGGUAACGUACUUGGACAAGUUCUGUAAAAAUUUGUCAGUGAUUACCCGCCCACUUCGUGACAUUUUGAAACAGGAUGCGGCCUGGGUCUGGGAUGACCAGCAAGAAGAGGCUUUGGAUGCUUUAAAAUCUGCUAUCUCGUCGUUACCAGUUUUGAAGCUAUUUGAUCUGUCCAAACCAAUGGUAGUUUCGGUUGAUGCGUCGCCGAUGGGUAUUGGUGCUGUACUUCUACAGGAGGGACAACCGGUUGCAUUUUCUUCUACGUCGCUGACAGAAACCCAAAAACGAUACUGCCAGAUAGAAAAAGAGCUGUUGGCAGUACAAUUUGGCCUACUCCGUUUCAAGCAGUAUGUUUAUGGCCAGAAAGUGCUGGUCGAGUCGGACCACAAACCCUUAAUUGGCCUGCUAGACAAACCAGUGGCGUCCUGCUCGCCUAGAAUCCAGCGUAUGAGGCUUCAGCUACAGCAGUUUGAUUUCCGGUUGAUAUAUAAGCCCGGUAAAGACCUGUUCAUUGCUGACACUCUGAGCAGAGCACCCUCUCCACGCUUGUUCGUCGAUGAUGUCACGCAAGAUAGUGAAGAUCAAGUUCACCAUGUGCUACAUAGCGUCCUGUCUUCAGGAUCAACCCGACAGAGAUACGCGGACGCCACGUCAUCGGAUCCUACUCUUCAACUUUUAAAGACAGUCAUUAGGAAGGGCUGGCCUGAAAAACGUAGCCAGUGUCCACCUCCGGUGAAACAGUUUUGGUCCGUCCGGAAUGAGUUGUCGGCUGUGGAGGGAGUGCUAUUGUGCGGUAAUCGCUUAGUGGUCCCAAUGUCUCUUCGUCGUGAAACAAUGGAAGGGAUCCAUGACGGCCAUUUUGGUGAAACAAAAUCGGUUCUACGCGCAAAGUCAGCAGUAUAUUGGCCAGGCUGGGAAGAUCAGGUGAAGAACAUGGUGGCAAGUUGUGCGGUGUGUCAAGAAAACAGGUGUCGCAAUCCUAAACAGCCGCUAUAUCCAGUUCGUCUCCCAGACUACGCCUUUCAAAUGGUUUCGGCGGACAUAUUUCAUUUUGACAGUGUCAACUAUCUUCUUCUGGUGGAUUCAUAUAGCAAAUGGCCGUGCGUUGUUCCUUUAAAAUCCUUGACGUCAGCGGCAUUAAUUGAAGAAAUGUCCAGGUUUUUCUGCGAUUUUGGGCGCCCGGAAGAGUUGGAAUCAGACAAUGGGACCCAAUUUGCAAGUGCCGAGUUCCGGGAGUACUGCAAGAAAAUAAAUGUUACCCAGGUGACAUCCAGCCCGGAGUAUGCCCAUUCUAAUGGUCUCGUUGAACGUCACGUUCAGACAGUGAAAAGUGUACUUCUAAAAAUGUUUGCGGAUGGAAAAUCGCUAUGGGAGGCACUGGCUGCAAUCCGCUCCACCCCUGUGUCCAGCUCAUUGCCGGCCCCUUCAGUUUUACUUCAAGGUCGCAACCUUCGGGGAUCUUUACCAUUUGUUUCAUCGUCGCUCAAGUCUACAUUGAUUCCUGCGUCGGUGGUUCGGGAUGAGCUGGGGCGUCGUCAGCAGAGAGCGGCAUUUACCCAACCCCGUUCGGUUGAUAUUCGGUCCUCCGCAUUGUCUGUUGGUCAACCUGUUCGGGCCCUGGUUAAAAAUAGGUGGUUGCCAGGUGUUGUGAGUGUAGUUUGCCCCGAACCAAACUCGUACGUUGUGCGUUUAAAUGAUGGACGUCUGUUUCGACGCACACGCUGGGCUAUUAAUAUUUCGGUUUGUGAUACUAAAUUAAAUCCGGUUAGGCCUUGUUUUCAUCGACAUUCAGUUGUUGCCAUGCCCCCUGCUACAGUUCCAGUGUCUAGACCGGUUCCUGGUCUUCCGACCUUGGCUCUGCCUUCAGUAUCCAGACAGAUUCCUGCUCCGACGAAUGUUAAUUCAUCCGGAUCAUGCGGCAGUGCUGGCCAGUUGUCGGUGGCGCAACGUCAACAAACUGUGGCUUCGCCCAUUGGUUCUGCGCCACGUUUGCCCUUGGCUGCUCAGAGCGGGUCUUCAUGUCCUGAUCCUAGUCUGCCGCCUGCCCGUCCUGUUCGGAGUUUAAAAUCCAAAACUCCGGUAGCUGAUCGUAGUGUUUGGUUGCCGAUGGCAUCUGUUCCUCCAUCGCAAUCGGUUCCUGCUCCGGCCAUUGGUGUUACUCGCUCUGGACGUCGUUAUGUCAAGCCGCCUCCAUAGUUCCAUGUAUUUCAUUUAUGUUCUCUGGUUUAAGUGCGUUCAAGUAACGCUUGCUAGACUGAUCCUACCCUCUUAUCCUUCACGUUCUAUUCUGUUCAGCUCGAUGGUGUGUUUUAAUAUUAUCCUCCACAAGCUUCCUCACAUCAUCACUCUGUUGUCAUUUAUUCAUGUCACGUCUUUCUCUCAUUUUGUCAUUGUUCACGUCAUUUCGUCAUUGUUCAUAUCAUUUCAUCGUUGUUCAUUUCGGUUCUUGCUUAUUUCUUGUUUAUCGUUUGUGGGUUAUGUCAAAGGGAAAGAUGUUGUAAUGUUCACCACUAGGUGGCUGAGCAUCCUCCAU